CUCUUCUGGCUGCACAGAGCAGAGGAGCUGAGAAGAGAGGGGGGCAGCCACUCAGGCAGGGAGAUGAGGGCCCUCUUGGCAGCGCUGCUGCUCCUACAGGCUGCCCGCGCCAGCAGGGCUGCAUGCUUCUCCGUGGUAUCCUCCUCACACCUCUUAGACCUGAGCAACAAGAGCAGGGACUGCCCCAUCCUACAGUGGAGCGAAGUGGAUCAGAAAAACGUGCGGGAACUGAACCUCAGCCACAACGGCAUCGACAGCAUCAACGGCACGCUGGGGCCACAGGUCUCAGUCCUGGAUUUGUCCCACAACCGCCUGCAGUCACUGCCCGAUGGCUUCCUGGCCCAAGCAAAGGGGCUCAAGAAGCUCCAUCUGCAGCACAACCAGCUGCAGUCCCUGCCCAAUCACUUCUUCCGUAGCAGCACCAACCUGAAUCACCUGGACCUGGCCCACAACCCGCUGGCUGCCGUCCCCACCAGCGCCUUCCACCCGACACUGCAGCACAUGGUUGUGGACUGCAGGUGCGACGUGGCCCAGAGCGUGGCUGCCCACUGCGCCUGUGAGAGCCCCAACUGCACGGAGCGCACCUGCCACUGCCUGGCGGAGCAGGGCCCUCGCAACCUGACUGACUUCCACGCCGGUACCUGCCGCAGCUGGCCGGGGCUGGUGCCCACUGCCGUGGUCGGGGGCCUGGUGGCCCUGCUGCUGCUGGGCAUGCUGGGGGCCUUCUUCCUGCUGUGGCGGAGGAGGAGAGCAGUGGCCACCAGCGUCCUCAAGAAAAGGGAAUCCAGCUCAUCGGGUGGCCAUGGGCAGCCACGCUACAUCAGCCGCACCGGGGAGCAGACUGCUGCCCAGGACACCCACCAGGCGCCUGACUAUGAGAACGUCUUCAUCGGCCCUAUGCAGCUGCAGCCACAGGCACACCUCACCCCCCAGCACAAGGCGAGGGAGCGAAAGAAGUCCCCGGGCAGGGCCCCGAAGGCCACGGAGGAGCACUACUACCUGGAGAGCGACACCGGCCUGGGCGACAAUCCCAUCUACGCCAACACCCCAAGCCCCUACGACAGGGGCCACCCAGAGUCCUGCACCGAUGAGGACGUCUACAUUGUCCCCGACAAGUGAGGCUGGCCGUGGGCCCUGCUGCCCCGCGCCCGGGGGCAUCUCUCCUCAGCGCCUAGGGAAGGGCGGAGGAGCGCAGUGCAGCGAGCGGCUCCUGGCUGCAGCCCCUGCUCAGCAGCCACGGCCAUGCCCUGCUCUCUGGGCUGGAAAAGCUUUUGCAGCAAAGCAAAGGCGCUUUGCAUCGCAUUCCUCCCAGUAAAACCUCAUGAUGCCCCCGUCAGCAACCAGCUGGCCCAGCCUGGCCCUAGGCAGGUCACAGUCCUCCUCCAGGGUCCCUCCUUGCCCUGUGACACUUCCCAUGGGUGGGAAACAAGCACCCAUCCCAAACCAGACUGCAAGUACCUCCUGGCUCUGCUCUGGCCUUGCAUGUCCCAUCCUGCCCGGGCUGGGCUCACGUCCUGCAGCCAGGGUUAGGCCUGGCUCUCUGCUGACAGCAGGAGUCAGGGCAGGAGGCACAUGCACACCGGAGACAUGGCUCUAGGGAUGGAGAGCACAGGGCAGGGAGCCUGAGCGGAGCUAGCACAGGCGCUAGGGGCACUGCAGGGGUUGGGUCCCUCUCCGUAUGGUUGACCCCAGCGAGGCCGGACCCGCAGUGCAGCCGGGGAGCCAGGAGGCGCAGACUGGAGCGGCCCCAGGGGGCAGGGGUGCAACCUUAUGUUAGCUCCCCCGGGGCAGCUCUGGGCCCCAGGGAAGGGCCGGCGGGAUGGGCUGGGGCAGCCCAGCCAUGGAGCACACUGAGGUCCCUGCCCCUGCCCCUCGUCCUUCCCCCUCGCAGCGCGUAGAGACAAAGUCAAUAAAGAGACUGUAGCUACCGG